AUUGAAAGCGCCAUCUGGUGAGAAGGUAGAUCGAUGUCGCAUUGAUAUAAUAGUGUACCGCAUUAGAGAUCAGAGCUGGUUAAGCUAAGCUACAAUAAUUUAGUUGUGAAAAUAAUGAAAAAUACAUAGACUUUAUUAUACAUCUAUCAAUUGAAUUGCUGGAAGCUUUUUUUUAAACGAUGGAACAUAUCUUGACAAUUUUGACAUUUUUAUUUGGAUUAUUUAAACUAAGUAGGGAAUCAGUAAUAACCAUGCCCUCAGUUGUUGGCAUGAAAGACUCAAAAGUAAAUUUAGAAUGUAGAUACCAGUCCACAGACGUAUGGUAUGUAAUUCAAUGGAAACGCAUGUAUCCGAAUAUGGAAUCAGAAACCAUAACAACAUUAAAGAACGAUGGAAAAUCGAGUACACCGAUGCCGAUUUGGGAAGGAAUAAGAGAUGACAAUUUUCGGACAAGAGUGAGAACAAGUGUAUAUGUUGAUGUUACUUCUGUAGAUUUUACUCUCUCCAUUCAUGAGUUUUCUUGCAAUGACACUGGGGUGUACGUUUGUCAAGUAGUAGGAUCAGACCUUUUGAGUAAUGCAACUAAUUUAACAAUAACAGCAAAACCAGAGGCCCCAAGAGUGAUUGAAGAUGAAGUUAUUUUAGAAGAAAACGAUACCUACACCUUGGAAUGUACAGCCACGGCAGGAAUUCCAGUGGCAGAUCUGAGAUGGUAUUACAAAAUCCCAGGAUCCAGUGACUUUGUCAGGAUAGACACGGAAUCUGAACAGGAGGUUUUAGAUCUAGACGAUUGUAGCCAGAAAGCAAUACAAAAAAUAGACGUCAUAGUCAAUCCUGAAACAGAUGGAAUUAUAUAUAGAUGUAAAGUAGAAAGUGAUCUGUUAAAUGAAGAAGAGAGAAAUAAUUAUCAUGAUGAUGUUUUACUAAAGUUACCAAAAAAAAUAGUACCCCAACCUGAAUAUAGAAUGCCGCAGACAAAACCACCGGAUUCUAACAGAGCAAAUUCAAUUUCAGGAUACUUGACAUUUAGUCUAACGGUACUAGUGAUUAUAACAGCACUUUUGUGAUGAAAGUUUUCAUUCCGAAUUGAAAGGAUAUUAGAACAGAAGCAAGAAGCAUUUCAGAGACAAAGGUAGAAAUGAAAAAAAAACAUAGACCAAAGUUAAAUACGCAUUGAAGGGAUUUAUUUAAACAUUCCUUUACAUUUUCACUCAACGUGUAUGACUUACAGAUUUUGUAUACGAGAAACAAGCAUAUGUGUUCUUUUAAUUUAUUUUUACUAUUUUUAAAUACUUAAUGAUUUUGAUGGGUUAGGUGAUGAUAAUGUUGGUUUAGUAUGUUUAUUGGAGGUACGACGGUUCUUGGGCCAUGAUUCCCCGGAAUAUGUAGACAAUAGCCUUUAUAUACAGGAGAAAUAUACAUGUUUCUGACUUCUGUUUGCACGGAAAUGUUAGGAGGAAACCCAAUAACAGUUUGCAAGUCUAUGUAGGUUUCUGAAUGACGAUUACCAUAAUACAGUAGCUGAUUGGGUUCAACAAAACCUUCUCUGAAACAGUGAGAGCAAUCUGUAUAACAGUAGUAGUGCUCAGACAAAUACUCUAGUCAAACGAACUAUAUCUCAAUGUAAAUAGUAUUUAUUCAAAUAGUGUAUACACUGUAUGUGUAUAAAUGUGUGUAACUAUGUUUUUCCUAAAAGCGCAUAUUUUUGUUUUCUUAAUGUGUAUAUAUGUAUUGUUUGAACUUUAUAAUGUAUGCAAUAUAUUCAUUUGAAAUCAGUGACUUUCGAUAAUUUUUCGGAAGAAGAAAAUCAUAUUCAAACAGAUUACAGAUCAUUACACUAUAGUUUCCUUCAUGAAUGUUCAUUGCAUUAAUUUACAUAUUAUUUUCUUGACUUUUUCGCUGAGUAAAAAAACUAGACGAAACCUUUAAAAGAAUCCAUUGAUAAAUAGCAGAUAGUGAUAAUUUCUGCUUCUUACACGUAUAAUGUCAUAUGUAUGUUCAAAACUAUGCAAUUUCGAAACUGCCGCAUAAUUCAUUUUUUGGAACCAAAUUAUGUCAUAUUAUAUGUGAUAUUAAGAACAGUUUUGAUUUCCGUUCAGUGGCAAAUUCUUCAUGCACAGUGUAUCACAUUAAAAUAAUAUAAAUAUGUUAUUAUCAUCCAUUUUACGCCUUUACAGUAUUAACUGCUUAUGAUCUCAUUACUCUUGUGUAUAAUUGGCGGGAAAUUGUAUGUGAAAUUGAGCUGCCUAAUAAAAAAUCGUUAAAACUGACACAA